AUGCGAUUCACCAGUCUGGCUGCCAUAGGACUUGUGGGUUGCGCAUUUGCCCUGCCGGGCCGACACAAUGCUGCCAACCGCCAGCAGCGAAGAGAGAUGCCAACGAUGACAAUCGAUAUCACUGAGCCAGGCACAGCACCCAGCCUGACACCAAGUUAUACCCCAACGUGGACUUCCCAGCCCAGUCGUCGACCAAUCCCAACAUUCGAUCCCAGCGGUGACUCUGGCGACGUGCCAGAUUCCAUCAGACAGGCACAGCAGAAGCUUUACGAUGACAUGGAGAAGGGAGUGUCACAAGAGCAGCUCCAGGAGGAUGUCAAUAACAUCUGUCCCUCCGAGCAACAGCGCAUCGGCCUGGCCAUCUUCGUCGGGAAGACCGGCUCCAUCUGGUAG